CUGUGGCUGUGGCCGGACGGCUCAGGCUGGGAGUUGCUGCCGUGUUACAGGAUGGAAAUUCCUGGCGUCCCCAGGGAGGGAGCUCAGGCUCGGGGCUGUGAAAGGCUCAUUUAUCCAGCGCGCUGCAGACACUGACUCAUCCCCCCCUCUCGCUAGCUGCGCUCCCAGCCAGCCCGGCCCCGCGCCCCCGGCUGCCCCGCACCAUGCGCUCUCCGCCCGCCGCUGCCGCCGCCGCCUCGCUGCUCCUGGCCGCGCUGCUGCUGGUUGCCCCGCCGCUCGGGGAGUCCGAGAGCCCGAAGGGGAAGCACAAGGCGCUGCGCCAGAGGGAGGUGGUGGAUGUGUACAAUGGAAUGUGUUUACAAGGACCUGGUGGUGUUCCUGGACGAGAUGGAAACCCUGGCAUCAAUGGAAUUCCUGGGACACCUGGAAUCCCUGGUCGGGAUGGGUUGAAAGGAGAAAAAGGAGAAUGUAUGCGAGAAAGCAUUGAGGAGUCUUGGACACCCAACUUUAAACAGUGUUCAUGGAGUGCGCUGAAUUAUGGCAUAGAUCUUGGGAAAAUUGCAGAAUGUACAUUCACAAAGAUGCGCUCUAACAGUGCUCUAAGAGUUCUCUUCAGUGGAUCACUUCGACUCAAAUGCAAAAAUGCAUGCUGCCAGCGGUGGUAUUUUACAUUUAAUGGAGCCGAAUGCUCUGGGCCACUUCCUAUUGAAGCCAUAAUUUAUUUAGACCAAGGAAGCCCAGAGCUGAAUUCAACUAUUAAUAUACAUCGCACUUCUUCAGUGGAAGGACUGUGUGAAGGAAUCAGCGCUGGGUUGGUGGAUGUUGCUAUCUGGGUUGGUACUUGUGCAGAUUACCCAAGAGGUGAUGCUUCUACAGGAUGGAAUUCAGUCUCUCGGAUCAUCAUUGAAGAGCUGCCGAAAUAGAAGUUUUUUCUAAACCUCCUUAUAACCCAUCGUUCCCAAGCCCCCUAUCAAUUUUUUUAUAUACAUUUUGUACAAUUAACUUUGAAAUUGAGUAUUUCUGUAGAGCUUUGUAAGCAUUUGGCCAGAAUACACAAACUUGCUUACAAGCACCCUAGUUGAAUUUUUCCAGCUGAACUAUUUAACAUGUAGGCACAUCACUGUUGAGCACACCUGGCAAGUUCUUCUACAAUAUAAUUUUAGAACAAAUAUUAGAAACAAGUUUGUCCAGUUGUUUUAUUAUAAUUUGGACCGAAUAUUUAUCACCUUUGUAAAAACUUUACAUUAAAUCUUUUUAUAUUGGUUAAAUAAAUAAGACCUUUUACAAAAAGCGGCAAAAAUCCAGGCUAUUUUAUUGUCAGCAAAAUGCAAAGGGUUUUACUUUUUACAUGACUAUUAUGAAACAGGUGUAUUAGAGUAGCUUGACAGACAUGAAAGUAAUAUCUGUGGAGAAAAUACUAUACUUUAUUCUUCAUUUUAGAUUCCAAGAGCAUUACUUAAAAGUAUCAAAUCAUAUUAUACAAACCUGAUUGUACUACUGUAGCACAGGAUUACUCAAUUUUACUGUAGUUCUGAUUCAACUCCCAUUGAUGUUCUUGAGAGUUGGAUCCAUGCCAAUAAGAAGCAGAAAAUAACUCAUUUUAAAAGAUUAAGUUUUCAGCAUACCAUUUUGGCUUUUCCCCCACUAAGUUAAAUAACUCAUUAAGAGGUUCUCCACACCCAAUUUAUUUUUAGUAUGAAAGUCAGUUAAUACUGAAGAAGACUAAUAAGCGUGAAUAUAUUGGACAAUUCUCCUACAACAAAUGUUGAUUUACUUUAAUAAUUAAGGUAUUUCAUUUCCCCAACAAACUAGUUUAUUUCAUAGUCUUCUUAGCCAGUCACCACUUAUCACUUUGGUGCUAACAUAAUUAUAAAUCAGCAACACAAAAGCAUGAAGUGUGUUACAUUAAUAGGAAUGGAAAAAAUAAAUAUUUAAGGGUAGGCUCAAAUGCCUCACGCUGUAUGGCCUUCAGAAUAGUUUGCAAGUGUUAGAAGCAAUCACAGUAUGAAGGUAAUGUGUUCAGUCUCAUAAGACUAGAUAAAGAAAAUGAUUAUGUUGAUCAUUCAGCAUUUCUCAUAGCUAACUGUAGCAUUCUAAGUAUUCACUCCAAAAUGCAGCUGUCAAGUGACAGUACCCACAAAAGUGGGGCGCUUUUAAAAUUUUUACAACUUAAAAAAAAUGUUAAGUGGUUAGAAAGAAUUCAAAUUUUGCACUGAAGACACAAUCCAAAGGAAAAGUCACAAAAGCAUGUAUAACAUGUGAAAGUGUAAUGACUAGUUUUCCCUAGAAUUAAAAAGAAAAAAACCUGUACAGCUUAGAUUCAGGUUUUAACUUUUGUUUUGUUAUUAUUAUUAUUAAAGAAAUACUUUGGCUCAGCCAGGUUCUGAAGAGAAUAUGCAAUACAUAUUCUUUAAGAUUGUCACUGCAUUUCCCUCUCAAAUUUCUACCUCCAUUUUGCAGUGAAUUGGUACACCUCUACCUCAAUAGAACGCUGUCCUCGGGAGCCAAAAAAUCUUACCGCGUUAUAGGUGAAACUGCGUUAUAUUGAACUUGCUUUGAUCCACCAGAGUGUGCAGCCCCGCUCCCCCAGAAAGCACUGCUUUACCGUAUUAUAUCCAAAUUCGUGUUAUAUCAGGGUAGAGGUGUACCAUAUAAACUAACCUGAAACUAGGAGGCUGUCAGGCUCUUCUACCUGGAAAUAAUAUCAGAUCAGUGUUGCUGCUGAGGUCCAGCAAGCUAUACAGCGGAUAUAUCUCCCUAGAACUUUGUUCAUUGCCACUGUUUUCAUGGGGUUUCAGAGUAUAUUCUCAUCUUCGAGUGGUUAGCAAUGCCCUAUUGAAUUAGUCCUACAUAUUAUGUACUUGAUUUUUUUUUGUUAAAUAAAAACCUCAUAAGGCACAUGAAGUUAACAACUGCAUUAUACAGAGAUGUUCAGCUUCGUAAUUCACAUGAGGGCCUUUGAGUAAGUUCAGUUAUCAUUCAAGUACAAAUGAAAUGUAAAUAUAAAAAAUGCCUAUAUAAUAAAGAAGGCCAGCUAAUGGAACCCUAACAGUAUCCCAUCUCUGCUGAAUGCCAGCAAUUUCAUAAUUUAGACAUUUAUGUUCUCAGGUCUUUGUGUGUGAGUGGGAGUAGGAAUGGGUUAUUUAUUAUUUGUAUUACUGUAGCACAUGGGAGCUUUAGUCACAGACCUGGACCACACAAUGCUGUAAAAACAUAGAACAAAGAUAGUCCCUGCCCCAAGAAGCUUAGUUAGUAAAGACUUAAACAUGCAGGAAAGAUUACCCAAGAAGGCAGUAAGAUUAGUCAAUUGAAAAACAUUCCUCUCAAUAUCAAGCUACUCUUCAGAUAGUUGAAU